CGACGCGUCCGCCGCGCUCCCAGGACGCGCCGGCCCGCGGGAGAAAUGUUGCUGAAGUGCUGCUGAAAGGGCCACAGAUGCAAGGAUUGGGACACAUUUUGAACUUUUAAGCUGUCUGACAUUGACCUCCUUUCAUUAUUAAUAAAGAAGCAGCAGGAGCUUAGGAUGUAUUAACACCAACUCAUUAAUAUACUAACCGGACAAUGUUCUGCAACAAUUCUGCAUUGUAAAGAACUGGAUUGGCAAAAUAAAAUAAUUUCGUAUUGUACUCAGCUUAUAAUAUGACUCCAUGGAGGAAAAUUUGAUAAGCAUGAGGGAAGACCAUUCUUUUCAUGUUCGUUACAGAAUGGAAGCUUCUUGUCUAGAACUUGCCUUGGAGGGGGAACGUCUGUGUAAAUUAGGAGACUGCCGUGCUGGUGUGUCCUUCUUUGAAGCUGCAGUUCAAGUUGGAACUGAAGACCUAAAAACACUGAGUGCUAUUUACAGCCAGCUGGGCAAUGCUUAUUUUUAUUUGCAUGAUUAUGCCAAAGCAUUAGAAUACCAUCAUCAUGAUUUAACUCUUGCAAGGACUAUUGGAGACCAGUUGGGGGAGGCCAAAGCUAGUGGUAAUCUGGGGAACACCUUAAAGGUCCUUGGGAAUUUUGAUGAAGCUGUAGUUUGUUGUCAGCGACACCUGGACAUUUCCAGAGAGCUUAAUGACAAGGUGGGAGAAGCAAGAGCACUUUACAAUCUUGGAAAUGUGUAUCACGCCAAAGGGAAAAGUUUUGGCUGCCCUGGUCCUCAGGAUGUAGGAGAAUUUCCAGAAGAAGUGAGAAACGCUCUGCAGGCAGCUGUGGAUUAUUAUGAGGAAAACCUAUCACUAGUGACUGCUCUGGGUGACCGAGCAGCCCAAGGACGUGCCUUUGGAAAUCUUGGAAACACACAUUACCUCCUUGGCAACUUCAGGGAUGCUGUUAUAGCUCAUGAGCAGCGUCUCCUUAUUGCAAAAGAAUUUGGAGAUAAAGCAGCUGAAAGAAGAGCAUAUAGCAACCUUGGAAAUGCAUAUAUAUUUCUUGGAGAAUUUGAAACUGCCUCUGAAUACUACAAAAAGACACUACUAUUGGCUCGACAGCUUAAAGACAGAGCUGUAGAAGCACAGUCUUGCUACAGUCUUGGAAAUACAUAUACUUUACUUCAGGACUACGAAAAGGCCAUUGAUUAUCAUCUGAAGCACUUAGCAAUUGCUCAAGAGCUAAAUGAUAGAAUUGGUGAAGGAAGAGCAUGUUGGAGCUUAGGAAAUGCAUACACAGCUCUAGGAAAUCAUGAUCAAGCGAUGCAUUUUGCUGAAAAGCACUUGGAAAUUUCAAGAGAGGUUGGGGAUAGAAGUGGUGAACUAACAGCACGACUGAAUCUCUCAGAUCUUCAAAUGGUUCUUGGUCUGAGUUACAGCACAAAUAAUUCAAUAAUGUCUGAAAAUAUUGAAAUUGAUAACAGUUUGCAUGGUGCACGCCCUAAGUUUGGACGCCGACACAGUAUGGAAAAUAUGGAACUUAUGAAGUUAACACCAGAAAAGGUACAGAACUGGAACAGUGAAAUUCUUGCUAAACAAAAACCUCUUAUUGCCAAACCUUCAAAGCUGCUCUUUGUCAACAGAUUGAAGGGGAAAAAAUACAAAACUAAUUCCUCCACUAAAGUUCUCCAAGAUGCCAGUAAUUCUGUUGAUCACCGAAUUCCAAAUUCUCAGAGGAAAAUCAGUGCAGAUAGUAUUGCAGACGAAGGGUUCUUUGACCUCUUAAGCCGAUUUCAAAGCAAUCGGAUGGAUGAUCAGAGGUGCUGCUUACAAGAAAAGAACUGCAGAACAGCCUCAACCACAGCUGCUUCCACUCCCCCUAGAAUGAUGCUAAAAACGCCACCUGUUUCCAUGGUGUCCCCGAACACGGAUGAGUUUUUAGAUCUUCUUGCCAGCUCGCAGAGCCGCCGUCUGGAUGACCAGAGGGCCAGUUUCAGUAAUUUGCCAGGGCUUCGUCUGACACAAAACAUCAGUCAGUCGGUACUUGGCCACCUGAUGACUAAUGACAACAAGGAGCCUGAUGAAGACUUCUUUGACAUCCUUGUAAAAUGCCAAGGGUCCAGAUUAGAUGAUCAAAGAUGUGCUCUACCUCCUGCUGCCACAAAGGGACCCACAGUACCAGAUGAGGACUUCUUUAGCCUUAUUUUACGGUCUCAGGCGAAAAGGAUGGAUGAACAGCGAGUUCUUUUACAAAGAGAUCAAAACAGAGACACAGAAUUUGGGCUGAAGGACUGUUUGCAAAGUAAUACUUUGUUGGAAUUUAAAAAUUCAGGAAAAAAAUAAGCAAACCACUAGUUACUAUGUGUAUAUUUUUUAAAAGCAACCUUAUUUCCUUUCAGAACACUGCAGGGAAAUUCAAUCUUAUUACUUUUUUCCUUAAAAGGAGAAAUUAUAGCACUGUAAUACAGCUCAAAAUGUUUUUAGAAUGAUGUACAUAUUUAACCUGUAAUAGUGUACUAUUAAUUACAUUCCUCCAGACACUCACUUGUUUCAGGGUGGAGGUGUCUUAUAAGGUGCUUCAUCAACUUUUGUGAUUACUGCUUGGGACUGUGUUCUUUGGCAACUUACUCGAGUCCUUUACCUGGUGUGUGUUUGUAAAGUAGGAAGUUAAAUGAAUCCUAGACUAGAAUUUAAUCCUCUUGCUGAGAUAAUUUUUUAAAAUCUUAAUUGACAGUGGCGUUUUUUUAUACUUAACCAUGGAUGUAGUGAGAAAUUAUGCUGUUUAGUAAAAUAAUGUACUUGACCAAUGUGUAAAAAAGUUAUAUAAAGUAAUUGUAAGAAAAAUCUAGAUUUUUUUCCUCUAAGAAAAUCUAUUUUCAAUAUAUUAUUUUUAGGCCAAAGCCAUUAUAAAAGAAACUCUUAAUAAACUUCUUUUAGCAUGUUUGGGGUCUUUGUUUAA